UCGCUUGUCCAGUGCGGGCGGCGCCGUGCUCGCUGCCGCUAAAGGCUGGAGGCCUGGAGCUACGAGCACCUACCCUUCCCGCCGGUUACAGCUUCACCCCCCUUUACCAAAACCCUAGCAGCCACCGCCCAAGCCGCCUGCCAUCCUCGAUUCCAGCGGAUGGAGAUCGCCAACCACAGCGCCACCGCCGCCGGGAUGAACGGCUUCAAGGUGGUGGUGCCGCCUCACCCGCUGAUCAACCACUGGGUUUCCGUUCUCCGCGAUCAGGACACACCCACUCACGCAUUUAGAAGUGCGAUGGGGGAGCUUGGCAGAUUGCUUGCCUAUGAGGCGACCAGGGAUUGGCUGCCAACUGCAAUACGGGAGAUCCAGACACCAAUGGGCAAAGCUGUUGUAAAAUCAGUCAAUCCUGUGGAGCCUAUCAUGAUUGUCCCCAUUCUUCGAGCAGGGCUUGCCCUCGCAGAGCUUAUGACGUCGAUUUUUCCAUCAACUAGAACUUUCCAUUUAGGUAUGGCUAGAGAUGAGAUGACGCUGCAGCCCUCUGUUUACUUGAACAGGCUACCUGAUAGAUUUCCAAAAGGAUGCCAUAUCCUCCUUGUGGACCCUAUGCUUGCGACUGGUGGAACAGUAGCUGCAGCGGUUGAUCUGCUAAAAGAGCAUGGAGCUGAGAUCAGCCAGAUAAAAAUUAUAUCUGCUGUUGCUGCUCCUCCAGCACUCAAGAAGCUCAAUGAAAGAUUCCCAGGGAUUUGUGUGUAUACAGGAGCUAUGGAUCAAACUGUGAAUGAGAAAGGGUUCAUCGUUCCUGGCCUUGGGGAUGCUGGAGAUCGCAGCUAUGGAACAUGACCCUGUGCUUUAUUAGAAAGUUAGGAUACUAUAGUAGAACUUUUGCUAUGUUUAUCCAGUGAUGUAAGGCACAAAACCCAGAUUCAGUUUUUGAGAUAUCAAUAAUAUAGCUGAUGAUUCAUGUUUGGUAUAAGGAUUAUCAAGGUAAAGUAACGUCAUUGUGUCA